AUUGGCAUUCACGCAAUGUAUGGCAUAAUCUUAUGUGUACACGGUCACUGUCUGAUAGAUAAGAGUAGUAGAGAGGUGUAAAAUGUUGCUACAAACAAUUGGCCUGGUUGCCUCCAUAUUGGUGCUUGGGGUUUAUGGAGCGGGGAUGACUCUAGAGAGCAUGGCGGCGCAGGUAGUUCACCGAGUGAAUCCGAGUGGCUCUCACGUGACCUAUGAUCAGCUGCGUAAAUUCCUCAACGUGAAUUACGACAGAGACAACAACGGCUGCGUUUCUUACGCCGAGUUUUCGUCCGUGUGGACGGCGAUAUAUCACGACUCGUUGGACGUCGCCACCAAGUUCGUCACAAACAUGGACAUGGACCAUGACGGAUGUUUGGACGAUAUCGAGGUUCUCGUCAACGGUGUCCGGAACAAUCAGCAUCUAAAAAUAGAUUACCCUCUUGGUGUCCAUGACUUUGCAGUUGUAUUAGAAGUGUAUCACCCUUCAGCAACCGGAACCGGAAGUUCUCCGGAUCCAGGAGUGGUAGGCUGAGCAACUUCCGCAUACACUGAAAGCGGGGUGGUCACAAUUACCUCUUUACCCGAAUGUUAUCUCUCAUGUCAAGUAGCAAUCAUAAAUAAACAGCUAAAGUAUCUUG